CUCACAUGCAUUAACGAUAUCCCACUCUCGUUAAUACUCGACUAUGGACAUUUAGAUAAAUAUUUAUUUCAAGAUGUUAGUCUCAUCAGCAGAAUAACAUUAUCUGAUAAACAUCUUUUAAAUAUAAAUCUAGGAAUAUAAUAUUUGUUUACAUUAACAUGAGAUGUAAGAAGCCUCCUCGCGGAAAAAGACCCUGAAGACAAAUGCAAACCCAAUAAGAAAACUUGAGUAUAGUUGAAUCCGCGGACAAACACAAACUAUGGAGAAGCUGAUUAUCAGAGUUCGGAGCAGAGAUGGCCUUGAGCGGGUAACGUUCGGCAACCCACAUGCCACAAUCGCGCAUCUCAAAUCCGAAAUCGAGGCUCAGCUCCGAGUCCCUAUUCAAUCGCAAACCCUUUCCACAAAUCAAAACCUCUUGCUCGCCAAAACCCUAGAUGAUUUGGCCCGAUUCACGGACAUGUCUAACCCACUCGCCCCGAUUUCUUCUGUCAACAUCGGCCAUGGCUCCAUCAUAUACCUGUCCUAUGAAGGGGAGCGGACCGUACCGGGUCCCGCAUUCAACCCUGCUGGGUCAUUCGGGAAGAAGAUGACCAUGGAUGAUCUGAUCGCCAUGCAAAUGCGCGUUACCAGACAGGAAGAAUCACACUGCGAGCUUGUGUCCUUUGAUCGAGACGCAGCCCAUGCCUUCCAGCAUUACGUCAAUGACACCCUUGCUUUUGCCGUAAAGCGCGGUGGGUUUAUGUAUGGGACUGUGUCCCCAGAAAGGAAAGUGGAAGUAAAUUUCAUCUAUGAGCCGCCACAGCAGGGGACAGAGGAUAGAUUGUUGCUUCUGCGCGAUCCUGAUGAGGAGAAGAUCGUGGAUGCAAUUGCCGUGGGGUUGGGUAUGAGAAAGGUGGGAUUUAUCUUUACUCAGUCCAUUACACAAGACAAAAAGGAUUACACUAUGUCGAAUGCGGAAAUUCUGCAAGCUGCUGAGCUGCACGGGGAGAAUAACUUGAAGGAAUGGGUGACUGCCAUGGUAAAGUUGGAGGUGAGUGAGGGUGGAGGCGCUGAUGUGCAUUUUGAGGCAUUCCAGAUAAGUGAUGUGUGUAUUAGAUUAUUCAAGGAAGGAUGGUUUGAGACAGAAGGCACUGAAGAUUUAGAUCCCAAGCUUUCCCGGAUGAAAAAAUAUGUUGUUGUAGGAGUGAAGGAUACAAAAGAGGUCGACAAUGAUUUUUUCUUGGUUGUAGUCAAGAUUUCUGAUCACCAGGGCCAGCUGGCAUCAACCUUUCCCAUUGAGAACCGAAAUGUUCAUGUUACAAUGAGGGCGCUGAAAAAUCAUUUUGAUCAAACAAAGAGUCUCCCAUUUGUGAAGCGCAUUUCAGAUUUUCAUCUGCUGCUCUUGUUAGGGCGGUUUUUGGACAUCAAUGCCAAUGUCCCCGCAUUAGCUGAAUGCGUGAAAACACAGUCACCCGUCCCAGAGGGUUACCAGCUCCUUAUAGAGUCCAUGGCUAGUGUUUCUUAAGCCACUCAAUCAAUCAAGAAAUGUGUGGAUAUGAGAUUAUUGGUUGUGCUGAUGAAAAGCCUGAAAUAUUUGAAUCUGCUUAAGGGGGCUUUGACAAAAGCCAAUCCAAACCUCAUUUCAUAUAUCUACAGUGGGAGGGUAUGCUCCCUCGGAUAAUGGUUUAUGCUUUUGCACAUUUGCAUCUUAAAUUGUAUACAAAGCUUCUGCUUACUUGGAUAUCCUUUAACUCAGCAUUUCUUUUCUAUUACUGGGAGUAUUACUCUUGUCCUAAUCAUAAAUUUUCACGCAAUUA